CAAUUACAUGCAUUUAAUUUAUUUCGAUGCUUAUGUUGUUGCUAAAAGAUUGACCACACUCAAAAACUAAGUUUUUUGCAUGAAAAUUUACUCGCAAAUUUAGCGAGAAGGGAAUUUUUCAAUUCCCGCUAAAAUUAUAGCGUUUCCCGCAUUUUUCACGCAAACACGUUGCGACUCGAUCGUUCCACAUGAUCGCAAGCUGAUGUUUUUCUUGUAACAAAAAUGGGGAACACACACGGACGGCGUUCGGUGCAAGGAAAGAAGCUUCGGAAAAGACCUCAUAGUAUAGCUGUGGAAAAACCAGAAACGUGGUCUUCGUCCAAACCUCUGCUUCAACGAAGCGCUAGUCAUGGGUCGAUUCGAAGGCGCUACAGUGAAUCGGGGAACUAUUCCUACAAGACACCCUGGCCCGUUCCCCUCAGUGAAGCUGUAUUUUUACCAGAGUACGAUUCCAAGCAACCAGUCAAGAUCAGCGAUUUUGAGGUUUGUUGACAGAAAUAUAAAUGUAAAAUAGCCUCUGGUGGGUAUAAGCACUUGAAUAAUGAACGAAGGAGCACACAUUUUCAGUACAACUGUUUGCUUGUACUUGGCAAUGUUUCAUUAUGAAUAAGGUCAUGGCAGUUUUUUGGAAACCAAGAGACUUUCUAAAAUCGGGAACGUCAAAAACAGAGCUUGGACCUCACAGUUCUACUUUUAUUUUUCGUCAGAAAAUAUUUGUUUCCAUAUUUUGUAGCAAUUUUGCAAACUUGCAGCAUAUACGGUACAGUUUUAAUUCUGUUAAAAAUCACGCUGCUGUCCCAAAGACGGCUGUUUUGAAUAUCAAUAUUCAUGAAUAUUAUCUGUCAUAGAAAAAGUCUAAGGUUUAUCCGUUAGCCGAUGUUGUCGACUUAAAGCAAAACUAUUUCCUGAAUUCUGAAAAUCGACCCGAUAUCGCAGAACGUGGUAAAUUUGCCUUGGGAGAACCCGACUUUGACUAUUAAUUAAAUUGAAUAUGAAAUCGGUGGAUGCCCAUGAUACAAAAACCGCAAAUCAUAGAAGUGGUCUGGUGUUGAAAUAAACAACCUACACGUGAUACUCGACAUGGAAAUACUGAACAAAGAAAGGUCAUUGAAUUUUUUAUUAAAGUUUUUAGUUUUUAUUAGCAAUCUUUUAUUGCCUAUAUAUAUAUAUACAGCGAUAUUUUGCUUUCCGUGUUAGAGCGGUCUUGAGAGUAUGCUCAAUUUCCAUGACAGUGUUGUUAAUUUCCUUGAAUUCAGAAGCAUCUCCGGUUGCGGAAAGUUGUGAAAGUUACCGAUUUUGAUCUUAUUUUAAAAUGGGCGGGCAUUUAAAUCCGUGGUAGGUUCUUUUGUAUGAACUGCACGUUCUCAGCGGGAGAAAUUAAACCACAACGCACAAAAGGUAUGCAAACAACAAUGGAGUAAAAUGUAAGCACUUUUUUCAUAAUCUUGCAUAAAUUAUUAAAGUGAAAAAGAAGCUAAUUGUUGGAUAACUGAAACAAGCAAGUACAGCAUGUUGAUAAAAUAAGCAACAAAUAAUACAAUGAAAAUAGAAUUGUUUAGUAGAUAAACACCACCUCUGUUUUUGUUCUUAUUAAAUUUUGUGGGCAAAAACGUAUUUUUUCCUUUUUGCUUAAACAGCAAGAAAUUACAUUGAGAAUGAAAUAUUAUUUGGUUCAUAAGUACUGACCUUGCUUUUUUGUUUGUUUGCUUUUUGCAUACAUAAGCAAAAAAAUCUCUGUUGAAUAGCACGGUUUCGAGGAUGGACACCUUUAGGACAGGCACAUGUGUCUGGUUAAGAAAGAUGGCUGUCUUAUAAAGAGUCAACCAAAAGGCAGGGACCAACUCUAGAUUUUCAUUUCAGCAAGGUGUCUGUCUUAAAGAGAUGUCUGUUAAGAGUGGUCGACUGUACAGAUAUGCAAGAAAAGCACAUUUUGCAUACAUGAACCCUAUAAACAUAAAAUAUGCAUUUGCCCCAACUCCAACAGUGGAACAAGCUAUGGCUGCUUGGAGGGAGUCAGUCAUCACAAGUAUCCAUCACACAAUUUCCACAUUUAAAAAUUGCUAAGAUAUCAUAUCUGUAAACCCCGCUGCACUUGCCAAAAAGGGACAAAAUUUCUUUUAAAAAUAGUUAUGUAAAUUAAGGCAUGCAGAAUAAGUCAAGUCAUUCAUACAUCACAUAAAACUGAUUGAGAGCUUUAUGUACUCGGGUAUGUAUAUAUGGACUAAAAAUCACACUCUUAUAAGGGACACAAAAAUUCUGUAUAUGUACUAAAUCAUAUUAUAUUUUUUAAAGUUUUAGUUUUAUUUUUACAAUUUUUAUUCUGAUUACAAAUUAUAAACUAGAAAAUUCAUGAUGUUAAAUUAUUCAAAUGUGCAUAGAAGUAAUGUAAGAUAAAUUUUUAGGAUUUUGACAUAUCUUUGUUUGUAGAUUCUGGCAACUGUUGGAAAAGGUGCAUUUGCUUAUGUAAGUUUGUGUUUUGCUUUUAAAUGCUCCCAAGAGAAAUUUAACCCUGAGGUUAAGUUACAAUAAUUAUGUUAUGGUAAACAAGCUUAUACCAAAUAAAUGUACCUUGGCAAAGCUCAUCCUUUGUUUUAAAAUUUCUUACUUGAAAUAUAGAAAAAUGAAAAAUAUACCAGGUUCUGUUGCUGCUGGAAAUAUCAUAAUAAUAAUUUUUAAUUUUGUGUGCUUGCAAAUACCUCAAAUGUAUUUAUGAGAAAAAUGAAAUUAACUUUAUAUGUCUACUUGUAUACCACUAAUUCUAGUGCUUUCUUUAUGCAAAUUUAUCAGUAUUUGCAGUAUUUUGUGGACUAUCUGUCUGUAUGUGAUUGACCUAUUUUACAUAUGAAUCAACUGCCUCAAAAGAAAUGAACAAAAGUCUAUUUAAAAAACCAGUAUUUCUGUUAGAUUUUAUUUAUUCAGCAUUUCUGUACAUUGUUUUUUCUUUUUUUUGUCCAAAAGGACAUUCAUUUUAGACUGUGGGAUGAAUAUAUUUUUUUCUUUUUAAGGUACUUCAAGUGAAAAGCAAGCAAACCAACAAACCAUAUGCAAUUAAGGUAUCUUUAAAUUAAAAUCUGAUAGCUUUACUUACUUUUUUUUGUUGUGCAAGAGGAGUGUUGGAAACAUUAUACUUCUUUUAAAAUUCCUGCCUUAAGUUGGAUGGUGUUUGGUGGCCACUUUUCUGAAUUUGUUUCUCAAAAUUAUUGCAUCAGGUGCAUACAGAGGAGAAAAGUGGUCAAAGUGAUAAUCAAGCCAUCGUUGAUGAAUUUUAUUGAUUAUCAAUAGAAUUUUCUGUUUUUGUCAAUUGAUCUGAUCUACACCAUUAGGUGCUUAAUAAAGCGGAGAUAAUCAAAGAAGAUGCUGUACAGCAGUGUAAAGAUGAAGCAAUUAUUCAGGUUAGUGCACUUUUAACAUAGAUAUUGACCUGGAGUGUGAAGGUACUACUUACGACCUUCACCUCUUUCACCAUAAAGGUCUUGAAAAAAUUAUCAAGGGGAAUACUUUUUCUUAUCACAGAAACAACAGUUUUGAACAUUAUAGGCAAGUUUAUUUCCUCCGGGGUUAAAUGAAGUCUCUUGGUCUCUUUUGGGGGUUUUAUUCCAUUUUUCCAACGAAAAUCUCUGCUCCUUUCCCUCAGGAGUUGACCUCUCAGCUCUAAGCAUUAACCUUUAAAGCUCCAAGAUCGACAUGUAUAAAAUUCUUGAAACUGAUCUCUAUUCAUGUCUUUAAAGAAGUAGUUGAGAGAACUUUUAUAAAGAUCAUUUAAAGAAUUUCCCCUAAGGUUAUCAAUUUGUUUACUCUCAUAGCCAACUGAACUUUCCAUCUUGAUCAUGAAUUGAUCUUAGGGGACAAUUAUGUUGAGCAUAUAAACUCACAGUUGUGUUUGAUCAACAUACAGGCAAAACUUGGUGACUUUCCAUUUCUUGUCAAAACUUGGUACACAUGGCAGACUAAACACAAUCUUUUCAUUGGUAUGUAGAACUACCUAAACUAAUCCAGGGGGAGCCUGAACCCCAUAUAAGCCCCAGGCUUCCAGUUCAGGCUUCCCUGCCACUAUCUUUAUUUAUAUAAUCUAUUCUAAGUAUAUUUGACCUGUAAUAUGUGACAAAAACAAACCAGUCAAUCAAUAAAUCAAACGUUAACAGUUACUUGUACGUUAAGUUUUAUAAUUUCUGUCAGUUAUUUUUGGCAAAUAAUCAUUUGGAAACUCCCCUUUUCAGUGUCAGAUUUUGUUGAUGGUAGUGAUCUCUACACACUAUGGCGUCAGGAAAAGAAGUUGCACAAUGAAACAGUCAAGUUAUAUUCUGCUGAGUUAGCCAUCACUCUAGGUAAGGAAAUGUGUUUAAAGAUCACCCACUUACCAAAGGGGAUGGGGGUAGGGGAGGAGAGAUUCUCGGAAAAUUUAGUUGGGUUUUGUGCCAUGCCUCCUGUAACCCUCAUACUCUAUUCCAGACUGAUAUUUGUAAUUUUCUCUGCCCUGCUUUUUGUGCCUCAGACCUGAACUACUCUUCAAAGACGGAAAUGAUAACAAAAUAGAAAACAAUGAACUCCAGACCCUGGCUUCAGAAAAACUUCAGACACAAAUGGCUUAAGUCUAGACCAAGUUUAUCCCAGAAGCAGGGCUCAAAAAUUGUCUUGUCUAGUUUUUCAGGAUAAUUGCAUGUAAGAAUAUUUUCUUGGUGUGCAGGAAACGUUUUAAGUUCAGUGAAACCUCUAUUUAGGGGACACCCGCGAGAUCUGAGAUAAGUGUCCCAUUAAUAGGUGUUCCUUGAAGAGAGAUUGGGCUAGGGUUUGUUGAUAAUUAAUUAACCAACAAAGAAAGUAUUUUUUUAAAUUCUUUCUUGGAAUGUGUGAAACAGCACCAAAAUCCUUGUUCUGAGUCCCACCUGUGUACAAGGAUUGGAGUACGCGCCAUGAUUAGCCUUUUAAAAAGGCCAUUGUCGAUUUGCCAGUCAAGAUGAAGGGAAAUUCAAAAAGCACUUCCCGUAAUUCAUUAAUUCUGUUGAGGGCCCAGAACAAGGAUAUCAGCACUGCUUCACUGAUGUUACUAACCAAGGUUAAAUUGCAUGUGCGACGCAGGCUAUCAAUAAUUAUUAUUGCAGUGCAUCGAUUUAAGUGACAGAUUGUUCAUGUUGUGAAAACUGUCAUCAUUGUGAUCAGUUCAGUUCACACUUUAACUUCUCAACCCUCUUUGUGGUCAGUCACGUUUUGAGUAGCAAGGUGUCCCCUGAAUGGAGGUUUAACCUGGGUUUCAAGACCCAGAAAAAGUGUCCCCUUACCAUGAAUAAAGGUGCCUCCUCAACAGAGUUCGCGUGCACCUUGGAAGUCCUUGAAAAUUGCAGUCAGUGCUGGAAAGUCCCUGAAUUUCAAUGCUAACUUUAAAGUUUAAGUAGAACUCCAAAGAGAAAGGAGCAAACACAGAAAGACCUUCGGGAUAAAAUUGCUGAUGUUGUGGAAGAACUAAAAUUUCAAUAAUAGAGAUAACAGAUACAAAGAUUAUCUGAACAUUUUUCCCGGACCAAAUUUUGUGUCCCCUGAAUGGAGGUGUCCCUUGAAUAGAUGCUCCACUGUACCUGCACUUUCAUGAUUUCACAAUUGUAAUAUGCCUUUCUAUUUGCAGAUUACCUUCACAAAUCAGGAAUAAUCUACAGGGAUUUAAAGGUAAGCCUAAAAGUUCUUAUUUUUCAAAUGGCACAUUCCUUUAUCCAGAAUAUAUUUUUUCUCUCUACCUUAAACGGUAGGUCUAUUUUUCUGACGACUCACCUUUUAUCCUAAAUUUUUCCUCCUAGCUGGAGAAUAUUCUUUUAGAUGAAGAAGGUAAGAUUCUGAUCUUGUUUUCCCCACCCCCAUGCCCAUCCCCACCCCGUAAAAGAAAAAUGCAGCCCACCUGCGUCAUCUGCUCGUAUCCGGAUUUUUCAGGUUAGGUGGAAAACGGAGAUUUUUCUUCCCCUCUUCGAAAAAAUACGCGUUCGCACGUAGCUUAUUCGAAUAGUUUCGCCCGUCCACAUAAAAACGCUAAAACGAUGGAAACACGAUUUUAUGCCUCGCAGGGCAUUCGCUGUACGAUGUAUGACAUCUUUGGAUUUUCGUCCGUCCACGCGAAAACGAAAACCCGGCAUUUUCAAAAAUCUCCACUUUGGAGAGCGUUUUGAAAAAGAUGCGUUUUCGGUGACCGUUUCACCGGAUACGUGAGGUGGUAGGCCAAACUGGAGGGGAAAAGUCUCUGUUUUCAAACAAAAACGGAUACUUGACGUUGUAAACAGGGCUCAAACUUACUUGUAGUCAACUUGGCAAAGGUCAAUAACUAAUUUUUUUCUUUGCUAUAUAAUUUGUCCAAUUAAUAAUUCUCGCAGGCUUUUUACUUUCUGUUCUACCAUAAUAAUGUUUCGUCAUUACUUACAGUUCAUAUAGAAACGUACAAAAGUUUUUUUUCUCUACGCGUUAUACAAUAAAAUCAAGUUUUUAGUGUCGCACAUUAGGGAAGGGAGAGAUUGUCUUGAAUAAGAUUUUCGUCACUGUUGUAGGACAUGUUAAGCUGGUCGAUUUUGGUCUGUCAAAGUUAGUGAAACCGCGGGAACGAACCCGUACCAUCUGUGGUACCUUGCAGUACAUGGGUAAGAACAAUACGCUUUUAUAAGACUGGCAAUUUCUUUGUUUAUAACAACGUUAUGUGAGAAGUAAGUGUUAUUAAUAAUGUUGGCCUAGGGAAGUGAAUGGAAAAACUGGAUGAACACCUCUCAGGCUCACACAUCUGUUAGAUGGCAACAUCGCUUUUCUUAGCUUAUCCCAUUUUUCAGGCUUAAAGAGCGACAAAUACACGUCGGGUGAAUCGAUUUUAGUCCGAGUGAACUCCCCUCAGGUGCAUCAAAUUUUGGGUGACACGAACUGUUACCUUCCGACUCGAUGCACCUUUUCGCUUAAAUAAUCUCUCAUCGUUGCACGGCGUAUCACGAACAGUAGGGAGCUUAAACAACGACGACGACGACUGACAGCAGUAAAAACGUCGCUAACAAAAAUAGUGUCCUUUCAAACUUUAUUGCGUCUAUAUUUGGACCCGCUUAAUUUGUCAAAUGCAGGCUAUUUUUCCUGGAGUUGAAUUCUUAGGACUUCAUCCAAGUUCAAAAAGACAAAGGAAAUUUAAUCGUCGCAUGUUCACGUCCUCCAUGAAUCGUCGCAUUAGGAGGUUUUGCGUCGAAGUCGCGCAGUGGGACGUCAAGGAAAUGUACUAAAAAGCGUGAUGCACAAGUUGUUUUGUCGUGGUUGCUUAAGCUCCCUAGUUUAUACUUUCAUCCGUUCCUUUCUGUCAAGAUUUGUUUUUUGGAACCUGUUUCGAAAAAAUCAGUUCCUUAAUAUUAACCGGUAAUUCUGUAAUAGAAAUGGAUUAACAUUUAACUGUGUGGUAAAAUGUUCGUUCUCGUUUCGUUUUCCGUAGCUCCUGAAAUCCUGAGUGGAGAAACGUAUACUCAUGCAGUUGAUUGGUGGAGUUUAGGUGUGGUCAUGUAUAUCCUUCUGGUUGGAAAGGUGAGAUUUCUGAGGCUCAAAAUUCGUCCUUCAAAGUUUUAGGAGGAAGAAUUAGCGCAGUUGGUUAGUGUGCGUUCGAUUCUCAGGUGUUGCCACAAAUCCUUCUUUCGACUUCUUUCGUUUCCGUGUAUGUUGAAGUGGCUUUAAAUACCCGUUAAAUGGAACACAGAUGAAGAGAACGGGGAGGGGGGUAAAUGAGCACACAGUCGGUCUGAGGUUUGUUAGUGAGUAAGAUGACUAUUUCGAGCUACCGGCGUAUAAUAAGGACUCUUUAUUUUUUUUAUAUUUUUUUUGGUAAGUUCGUUUUCUCAGCUCUCCUCGCGGUUGGGGCUAACAUGAGUCUUAUUCGGGCCCAAUACAUAUUUAAGCCCGCGAACAUAAUUCUUUUUUUCCUUGGCAAAAUUAAGAGCUAUUUUUAAUGCACUUUAUAACACCACUUUCAGUAUCCAUACCCUGCAACACAAGAUCACGCUAGUCAGCACAAGUUGGUCAGCGCUGUCGAGUUUAACUUUCCUUCGGAUCUGUCAAGCGGCGCUGUGAGCAUUAUGCAAAAGGUACAACUUAUUUUAUAUCAUUUUAUAAAUCCUUCUUGUCAUCUGUUCUUUCAUAAAAGUCCGAAGCAUCGUUUUUCACUGGCUUUGCCUUACCCAAUUUCUUAACUAGGAAAAGAGAGUUUUAGAGCUGUAAAUAACUUUUCUUUUUUAAUAUUCCACUAGCAUACCAUUUUAAGUCCAAAAAAAAAAAAAAAAACGUGUCAGACACACAUUAAUUUACUAUGUACAUCUUUGUAUAAAAUGAUGAUCGUUGGUAUUUGAUCUGUCCGACUAUCAUGUCUGACCGCAGGGACACAGGCAAAUGUAAAUAUCCACUUCUUUGCCAGCUUGGGAAAUUAUCGCGUUCGAGUUCGGAGAGGACCGCGUCGGAGCUCAGAUAGUUACAGUUAAAUUAUUUAGCCUUGCCAUUCACUUUCUCAAGAAAAAUGAAACUUAAAUCAUUUAACGUCAUAAUGAAGAAUUAUGCACUUUUUUAAACACCAUUUUUUCAAGUUUUCCUUCACGUCUGCCUUUACGUAUUGCGAUGUUUUUUCUUUGUUUUUCCUCACUAGCUAGACAGGUCCCUUUAAAGAGCUGGAAAGAGAAAAUUGCUUUUCUCUUGAUAUAUUUUAAUGUUUCUUUAACAGCUGCUACAGAAAGAUCCCUCGUUAAGGUUAUCAAGUGCGGAAUCCUUGAAGACAGAUCCAUAUUUUAGCGACUUAUCAUUCGAGGACGUGUUGCAAAAGAGGGUCAGUUGACGAGUACUUUGUCUUUUGUGUAGAUAAAAAUUUCUUGUUGUAGCCAGCCUUGUUCUUUAAAACGGAGGUAUAAUUCCUUGGUUACAAUCGCUCGGGAGCUCGACUGUGCAAGGGAUGGAGUCUACAAUCAAGUUUGACCUUGAAUAUCGCACGCUUUUCACACGCUCCUCUGUUCUUUUGAGACCCGUGCCGCCUUUCCCACUCCCCUCAUUAUACGUUUCGGGUCACGUGGUGCGAGCUAUUUUUUUUACGUCUCGUAUACGUCACCGAAAUGCAUUGACUGGGAAAGCCUGGAAAGACGCCGUAUAAGGACCGGGUAACGUACCGCCUGCAGUUUCGUUUUCAGGGGCGGAUCCAGGAUUUUUUUUAGGAGGGGGUGCACUCGUCUCUUGCUCUACUUCAACUUCAAUAAACCACAUAGUUUUUUUUUGCAGAAUACCAGUUGUAUUAGAAGACCACAGGUAAUCUCGGGGGGGGGGGGGGGGGGGGGCCCACCCCCCCCCCCCCACCCCCCCCCUUAAAUACCCUUUCACCCCUUUUUUGUUCCAAAAGAAAAGAAACCCUUUUUGAAAUUCCUUUCGUUUCUCAAUAAUUUUUACUAUAAAUUAAACGCCCGUUUUUUUGGUUUGUGGGGCGGGAGCUGGUUUUUUUUUUGGGGGGGGUGCCUCUCUUUUUUUCCUCUCUUCAACUUAAAAAAAACACUUUUUUUUUUGUUGAAAAAAACCGUGUUUUAUAAAAAGACCACGGGUACCCGGGGGGGGGGGGGGGAGGGUGCGCACCCCCUCCUCCCCUACCCUCCCCCUUAAAUAUCCUUUCACCUCGUUUAUGUUCCAAGAAGCAAGAAACUCUCUUUGAAACUUCAUUAGUUUCAUCAGUAAUUUAUCCUAUAAAUUAAGCCGCUGUUUGUUGGCAUUGUUUGAUUGUUUACCAAUUUAUAUGCUGUUCUACUUUUACAGCAAUCCCCAAUAAGCACAGAAACACUGAAGACGUUACGGAGAAGAAGUGUUGCGUCCAGAACGUAAGUACUGUGUUGUGCUUUUAACUGACGAUGGAGCACUUUUCGAAACACACAUUUUACCAACGCAUUCUUGAACUAUUGUAGGAUGUUUCCAAGAAAGGUGGAGUGCAGUCGACGCGAUAAGAAGGUGAGCUAUAAAGAUCCUUAUUUCUGUUGAACUUCUUUAAAUAAAAUUUGUUAUCUUACUUAGCUACUGACAGCAAACUUGAAUGAAACAAACCAAUUACAACUAGAUAAAAAGAAGUUUAGCGCAUAUCACUGAAUAAUAUCUACCUUUAGCUAGAAGUGUAACCAGUUCCAAGGCCUACAAAAUCCGGUAGCAAGUCCAAGAAAAAAUAAUCACCUUAUUAGCUAAAGAAAGAGCAGAAAUUUUCUUGAUAAGCCAAUGUGUUUCGUCAGUUCAUAAGUUGUAGAAAGCUAUAGUAUUUCUUAAUCUGGCUAACACUUUGAGUGAUUCCUUAUUUUCUAUCAUGCAAGAAAAAUGGAAGCAUCAGUAAUUAAUAGCAAUAUUUCUUUGCAACCUCCUUUCUCAUUUUUCUUAGCCUCGUCCACUAUCAUGGGCAAGUCCAGGAAACUUCACCGUCCACGACAAAACACAUAUGGAUUGGCUAGUGGCUGAUCUUGGGAGCCUGCACACCCUUAAACUCAGCGGUAAUUCCCAGGAGGGCACAAGAACUCAAUGCCUUGUAGCGUCAUGAACUUGCUCAGCGCAGGUACUGCGCAGUGAGAAGUGAAAAGAAAGAUUUGAUAUUCUUGCAAAAGAACUUCAUUUAAAGCAGCUUCUGUUACGUUAUUUCAUGAACGUUAAGGGUCUACGCUACAAGUCUGCAGAGUGAUUUUGAUUUUAAUAGCUUACGUAGUGCUGAAAAAACAAGAAGCACAGUUACGGUAUCGCUUGUGCUGGAACGCAAGGACACUGGUGCGCGGGAAAAGUGUAUCCACCAAGCGGCAAGCGCGGGAAAGCAUCUGCGUGAGAGAUACGUGAUGUUAGACUAUUUCAUUCAAAUCACUGUAUUUUGUCUCUACAAUCCAUGAGUUAAUGCCCUUGUUCACAGAAAUGGGGGAACCCCAUAAUUUACGUUAGACUAAGGACGAUCCGAUCCUUCGUCUUCCGUCUGUCUGCGUAGCGUUCAUAAGCUUAACGUAAUUGAAAUACUCUAUACUUAAGAAUAAAGUCGUACACUUAAUAUAUAUGGAGAAACUAUGUACAAAAAAAGAAAAAUUAAGUUAAUUAUUUGACCAGUGUUGCAGUUGUAUUGUAAUUAAUUCCUUAAAACUUAAAGAGGUUCGAUAUGUUUUCAAGAACAGAGUCACUUGCUCCUAGAGUUGUCGUGUAGGAUGGUCAGCGGAUGACCAAACGGAGAACUUCAUCGGGCAACACCAUCUACCUUCACAGCCGUCCAAUUAGAGGCCGUACGAUACUACGACGACGAUGGCAAUAGGGAAGUCAAAAGAGAAAUAAUAGCAAGGUUUGAUAAGCAAAACUAUAAAUCUGACUGUAAGUUAAGGAAGAGAGAGAAUUGGUUACAAUCUUCACGCGCGUUCGUGAUUACCCGGCAUCAAGUGCAUAACUUACUGAACUAACUUGACGGAUUGUAAAUAAGCAUACUAUAUGACUUUAUUUGAGCUAGGCUUGCUUAAAGCCGCUUCUAGUUAUUACUGGAGAAUCUCUUUAUCUUUCUUGGGCGCCGUUGUUGAAUGUUAACAGUUUUGUUAGUUGCGAUUCAACUUUGUCGCCACGGCACAUUAGUGUAAGAUAUAUGACAGGGAUGUAAAAAAUACUUGCGCGCCUGGAAAUAAACAUGUUGUCAAAAACAAGUAGAAAAAGAAAGAAAAAAAAUUAUAUUUCCCACUAUGAGUGGUAUAUGCUGUAGUGGACUGUAGUCUUUUGAUGCUGAAGUUAUAGUGAAUUUGUGACUUAUAGCCUUGUUAGGUCUUCGGCUUCAAAAUUUCGAGAUCCAUCGUGUUGGCCCUACUUGUCGCACUUAUGGUGGAGGUCCCGAAAGAUGCCAUUUUAAUCUUUGUGCGUUUACGAAAACCUCGGUUUUUGGUCGUUUUGGUAUGGACGAAAGAUCCUUGGAGGGCGUGAGAAACCUCGUUCGAGUCUCUUCGAGUUCUUCUCUUUGUUCAAAAGAAACCUCGUAAUAUGCAGGC